GGAGACCCGCGCAAACGUUCCGGCUGCAGUCCGGCGGCUGAUGCGUUGCUAUGGCGACGGGAGGCGCCUCCGUGGGGCAGCUGAAAAAAACCCAUGGAGCAGUGACUGCCGACUUUGUCAUGGAAAGUAGUCUCCUCCCAAGUGGAGCUUUGCCAAUAUUAGGCUGAGAUGAGCAUCUGACAUGGAAUUCUGGAAACUCUUGUGGCUCAAGGGGCCUUUCCAGAUCAACAUUGGCACCCUCUGAAGCUCUUUUUCCUUCUUCUGUUGUGCUGCUUGUACAGUCCUUUGUAUUUCAUCACUGUCCUCACCUCUGUCUGAUUCAGAUUUUGAAUACCCUGGUACAUUUAUAUCUAUGAAUGAUGUGUUAUACUGAUCUUUUCCAUUAGCGUUAUCAACUAGAGUUCCUCUUUUAGAUGCCUUGUGGCGCAGUGGCUAAACUGCUGUACCGCAGCCCAAACUGUGCUCACUACACAGGUUCAAUCCCAGGCUAAUCCUGAGGAAAUGGAACUAGGAAAAGGGGCAGUAGAUUUAGUGGAAGAAAGUGAGAACAAGGAUUUGGAGCUUCAAGAGGACUCAGCAGAUUUUAAUCCCCUGCUGAAAGCUGCUUUAAUUGGAGAUACGGAGGAGGUACAACACAUUUUUGAGGACUCGGAGGAUCCUGAUAAUGAUAAAGCUACGGAGUUCCUGAAAGUAACGGAUGUUGUAGGGAGAAGUCUCCUCUAUACAACUUGCAUGUCUGGACAGAGUGAUGUCAUCCGGACAAUGGCGAGAUAUGGAGUGGAUCUUAAAGAAACCACUGUAAGAGGUUAUACACUUCUCCACUGUGCUGCCGCCUGGGGUCAACUAGAGACUUUGAGAACUCUUAUAGAGUUGGAAGCAGAUAUUUAUGCAACCACCUUCCGGGGUGAGAAAGCCAGAGAUAUUGCCUAUCGCUACAAUAAAACAGAGUGUGUUGAAUUCUUGGACUGGGCAGAAGCCAAGCAGAAUUUGCGAAAUUUUAUCUCCCAAAUCCAGGCAACAAUCACAGAUCCUGAGAAAGUUCAGGGAAGACUCAAUAAAGAAGAUAAGAAUACAUCUCUCAAGGCUUGCCAGGCCAAGUCUGAUUGGCUUGAAAGUAUAAAGGAGCCUACCAUGGAAGAUUUUUUGGAUCAGAAGCAGCAACUGGAAGAAAUAAUGCUUCCCAUCUUCACAAAAUUGGCCACACCCCGUGGACAAGACUCCGUUGUCAACAAAAAAAUUGGAAAUCCUUCUGAAAUCUACAAGUGAUAUGUAGCUACAGUCAAGAUAACAAGCCAAGUCAGCAUAACAUGAACUGAUGACUUCAUUUCUGUUUGAGACUUUAUUUGAAUAUUCUACGUGGACCUAGAUUUUAGACAAAUUUGUUCUAAACUAUAUUUCUACGCACCCAUCCCCACUGAAAAACAGUAUAAAAUUGUUUAACUUAAUAUAGAUGGCAUUAUAAAUUAAUGUUUAAAAUUAAUCCUGAAAAAAAAACUUGACGAACAACAAGAAAUUAUGAAUAUAAGCAGGAAUGGCUAAUAUAUUUGGAUUCUACAAGAAAGAUCUACGUGAAAGAACAUUAAGUAUGAUAUUUAAAAUACAUUUUUACAAAAUUUGGCAUGUUCAGGUGGGUAGUUGUCAAAAUGUUGUCUGUUUGCAAAAAAACGAUAAAGGGGUAUCACAUUUCUACAAAAUAGUUAAAACUGAUGUCUCUUGCUAUGUAUGAAGACUCAACAUAAAUGUUACUAUUUACCUACAUAUCAUAUUUCUUCUUAAAACAGUAAACUAUAAUCCAGUCUA